GAGUUUCCAGCAUGGGAAGUAUGAACAGGGCGUUAUAGAAAACCAGUUGUGAUUUUAUUCCCGGUUGUUUUUGGGUGUUGGCUGCACUGGUAGGUGAAGUCUCACUUGCCAGCUCAGGAUCUAUAAGAGUUUGUGGUUGUUUUUUUUACCUGGAGAGAUUAGUUUUAUUUGAGAAGGUGGUGUAUCUCCAGUGUGAUCCAGAGAGACUUUUUAUUAUUAUUAUUUUACAUCUAGAAGACAAGAAGCAGGUGGGAAUGCAGGCGAUAAAGUGUGUGGUGGUUGGAGACGGGGCAGUCGGAAAAACAUGUCUUCUGAUCAGCUACACCACCAACGCCUUCCCCGGAGAGUACAUCCCGACGGUGUUUGAUAAUUAUUCUGCGAAUGUAAUGGUAGAUGGGAAGCCAGUGAACCUGGGGCUUUGGGACACGGCAGGACAGGAGGACUACGACCGACUCAGGCCUCUUUCCUAUCCUCAAACGGAUGUGUUUUUAAUCUGCUUCUCGCUGGUGAGCCCUGCCUCGUUCGAGAACGUCCGUGCCAAAUGGUAUCCUGAGGUCAGAAAUCAUUGCCCAAACACCCCGAUCAUUCUGGUUGGAACCAAGAUCGACUUAAGAGAAGACAAAGACACUGUUGAUAAGCUGAAAGAAAAGAAACUCACCCCCAUUACUUACCCACAAGGCCUUGCGAUGGCUAAAGAAAUAGGUUCUGUAAAAUAUCUGGAAUGCUCCGCUUUAACUCAGCGUGGCCUCAAGACGGUGUUUGACGAAGCCAUCCGAGCGGUCCUGUGCCCACCGCCACCCAAAAAGCCAAAGCCGUGCUGCCUCCUCUGAAACAUCUGUAAAGAAACAUCUGCACUCACCUGAGGAGAGGCGUCACAAGCAGUGGAGAGAAGUGAAGGAAAAGUGGGAAGGCUAUAAACCAUACCCCUACAUCUCUCUUACUUGUGUAUUAUAAGUAUAACUCAAUUGGCUUCACGACGUCUAUUUUCAGAUCUGAGGUGAUGCGUGUCCUCAUUUAUGUCUGUUCACACCAAAUUCCUGCUGCCAUUUAUUAAGGUGGUGGUGUUUUUUUUCAUGUAACUGUAACCCAGAUUUAAGGUCAAACCCUUCAAUUAAGAAGUUACUGACGGACCAAUAGCACUUAAAUGAUCCCAAAGGGGAAAUUUUGGGAAACAUUCCUUUUUAUUCAUUAUUUAGUGUACAUAUUUGGGUCAAAUAUUGUUCAGUAAUGUUACACUGGAGCGGGAGGGGAGAAAGCGCCUCUCUGUGAUGGAGCACUCCAAAGUACACAACCGAAUUUGGCUUUUGUUUGCAUUGACUCACGCAUUCAUCGUGAAGGAUUACGUUUUUAUUCCGACGCAGCAUUGUAUUAAGCCUGAAUAGGAGGUGGAGAAAGAUCUUGCCGUUCACAUCCAUUUACUGAAGAGUAGACCACAGGAAGUGACUCGUGCACUAAAAAGAAGUCGAGAGCCCCUCCCAAGAAGGUGUGAAACUUUUAGGGUCCCGUUUUUAUUGUUUUCUUCCAUCUUCCAACUACAACUUAUGAAUAUUAUUCUGUGCAAAUGAAAAUCAGUGUCUUUUGUUCCAUGCUUUAGUGAUUUCAUACAAGUGUUAAUCAGUUCAUUUUAUCUGUUAAAACAGAUUUUACUUCA